CCCCCAGGAGCAGUUGGACUUCAUCGGCAAUGCCUGGCGUUUCGACCCCUACAACAACACUUAUAACGAGGGGUGGCGCCAUCAUCCCAACUUCUUCUAGAGUGGACCUAAUCCUCGGCCACCAGUCUCUCGGUGACCAUCAGGCUUUCAGAGACCUCCUUACCAGCCAAGACAAGGGAAAUUCCAGCAAUAGCAGCAGCCUCUCUAUCCGGCCAGACAGGGGUCGGCUCCUCCUCAGACACAGAUGAGGCAAUUUCAGCAGCCAGGUGCAGCCCCCACAGUCUAGUACAGAGCGAUCCUAUGGCCGAUUUGAGAGAUCUUGUGGGUUCUCUAGCCACAUCCAGUGCGAAUAAGUUCAGCAACAUCGAGCAGUUCAUGGAGAAAGCUAGAAGCUAGCCAGAGAAACACGCAGGUUGUACUGCAGGAUAUCUAGACCCAGCUCGGGAGUGUGGCCCAGGCUGUAGCACAGAGGGCUCCGGGUAUUUACCCGGGUAGACCAUUCCCCAUCGGCAGGACCCAAAUGAACACUGCCAGGCCAUUACUACCAGGAGUGGCAAGGUGACUGCGGACCCACCUGUCCAAACACGACAGGAGAGAGAAAUACCUGCUUAAGCACUUCCAGCUAAUGAAGAAGAACUGGAGGAGGUUGAGGGGCGUACUCCUAAACCACAGCUAGUGGUGAAAGAGUAUGUCCCUCAGCUCCCCUUUCCUACUCGGUUGCACAAAGACCGACUGGAGACUGAGUUUGCCAAGUUCAUGGCAAUGCUGAAGCAAGUGAACAUUAGUAUGCUCUUCGUGGAGGCAUUGUCGAAGAUGCCCAAGUAUGUUAAGUUCAUGAAAGAUCUCCUCACUAACAAGAGGAAGCUUGGGGAGCUGUCGACGGUGAUGCUCAAGGAGGAGUGUUCUGCCAUCCUGCAAAACAAGCUACUAGAGAAGCGCAGAGACCCAAGGAGUUUCAUUAUUCCUUGCAUGAUUGGUAUUUUGCAUGUAGGAAAGUCCUUGGCAGAUUUAGGUGCUCGCAUAAACGUAAUGUCAUAUAAACUGUUUAAGAAGCUAGGCCUAGGUGAACCCAGUAAUACUAGGAUGAGCAUUCAACAAGUUGAUAGAUCCAUUGUGCAUCCUACGGGCAUUGCGGAGGACUUGAUAGUCGUAGUGGGGCCAUUCUCAUAUCUUGUUGAUUUUGUUAUUCUUGAUAUAAAUGAGGAUGUGGAUGUGCCUUUAAUACUGGGUAGACCUUUUCUCGCAACCACUAAGGCGCUUAUUGAUGUGAAUGAUGGGAAGUUAAUUUUGAGGGCUGGGGGUGAACAAAUCACCUUCUCUGUUUCUGAUAAUAUGAAACAUCCCGAGCUCCAUGAUGAUCUAGACUACUGAGAUGUUAUUGCUGAUUUUGAGACCGCACUCGCCAUCACUAGUGCGGGUACUGACGAUUUCCUCGAGCAUUUUCUUUUGCUAGAGGAACAGGCAUUACAGGAGUUGCAGUUGGAGGAGCAGCUUGAUGAAGCCACGAUCAAGGGGGAGAGAAACCAUUCAAGCCGAUCCAUAUGAUGAGCCCCUACAUGGGUCUUAGUUUUCAGAAUAACGCAGGUACGAAUCAUCAGCAACUCCAAGAUUGACACCAUUCGUGUACCUUGUCAAAUCUGCUGCAGGGAUUCGUAUAGUUCUCUCUAAUAGUAUCCAGGAACAAACCGAUCUCUUAGAAGACCUCAAAGGUCUUCCCACAUUGUAAUUUUUGGAUGGAGGUUACGUCGUCGUUGCAAUCGAACUUGCUCCCACCAUUGAGCAGCAUAGUCCGUAAACUCGUAGGUGGCCAAGACCACCUUCUGCUGCUUAGAAUAAUUUCCCAAUUGAAAGAAUAACAUUACCUUUCGCUCCCAAUCCAGGUAAUGUGAGGCAUUGAGAGAUCCAGUGAAUGGAGGGAUGGUUAGUUUGAUGCCUGGCGAAAUGGUAGGCUCUGCCUCUGGCCUCCGUUCCCUGUAAUCACGACGAUCGUGAUUUGGUAGUCCAGGAUGGGGAUCUGCAACCACCAAUCUUUGCUCAAUGUCUUUAAUUCGUGCCGAUAGUUCUUGAUUGGCGUCGUUUUGAACUGGUUUGGCGGCCUGGCGAACUCCUUCGUGCUCUGCCCUAUUCUAUGGCGAAGCAGGGUUAGGAAUUUGCAGGCGAAGCUCGGCUAAUUGGCGAUUAACCUACUCGAAUUGAGUCUAGAAGUACCGUUGUAAAGCUUCCAUCGUCACAGGUUGUGCAGGUUGCUCGUCGCCCAUGACUGUCUACUUCUCCUUCCUCCUUUGUUUUGGGAUUAGGAGCGCAGGAUCACUAGAAACAGGGCCCUUCGACCUUGUCUAAUGUAUGAUUCCAGUGACGCCUUCUAUUGUCGUCGUCGUCUUUUGUGCCCUGCGUUUGAACCGGGCUCGUGAUACCACUUGAUGAGGCCCUAUAUGGGUCUUAGGUUUCAGAAUAACGCAGCUACGAAUUGAGCUUGCUCAAUUCCAAAGUCUUGAUCAAAACAGGGGGGUUUGUAAGUGGAUGGAUGGUCAAUUUCGUGUAAUUUCACACAACAGGGAAAGACUCGAAAUAGAUAUAUCAAAGCCUGGCCCCGAAGAGCGUGAAUAGUUGAAUGAUACAAGCACUCAAGCUGCUUAGAACUCUUCCUAAACAAAUCUCAAUCUCACGAAGCACAAGCUUUGUGAACCAAACUCGGGUUGGUAUUCGAAUCCAAAAACUGAGUUUUACAAUGCAACUGAUCAGCCUUAAAUAGACCUAUGUUAACUAA